AUGAACACCCUGAAAGCACCAUCCCUGCACUCGCUCAUUGAUUCUGAUCAUGGGUCAAACGACAGUCUAUUGGCGGAAUCGUUGCAGCUCGACAUCGAAGAGCUGGAUGAUGACGAGUACGCCAUUCCUGCCGUUGACACCCUACCUACGUUGGAAAGUGUGCUGAGUGAAAUCGACAGUGAUCUGGACAGUGUUUCGGCCGUUGGUGUACGACAUUCCAAUGGCAAUGGAACUGGAACGCAAACAUCUUUCGCGGACGACGAUCUCAUUCGGGGGGGAAUCACUCCAACUCCUUCGUUGGAGGAACAUUUAAAACUGGAAUCAAUUCUACGGCAUGUCGUGCUGCACGGUGUAACGGCUCAGCUGACGUCGGCUGUCGAACGUGUAGACGCUGGACUGGCGACUUCUUGUGCCGUUUCGAUGAUGAUUGCUGUAGGUACCUCGCAUGGCCAUAUUUUAGCGUUUGAUUGUACACAAACUCUGAAAUGGUGCUGCCAGGAAGGAAUCGCUCAGGGAGCCGUUUCUGCAAUGGCAUUCAACGAUGACAGUUCACGCUUACUGGCAGGAUAUGCCCGCGGGGUCAUCUUUAUGAUCGAUACUCAAACAGGCGACGUAAUAAGGACCCUGAAUGAAGUAAUUGCUCCAAAUACGGGCGUCCUACAUCUAAAGUGGACCAACAGACCCGCCUUAGCGUUGUGUUCUGACUCGGGUGGAUCCGUCUGGAGUUUGAACUUUACACGACGACUUGGCAUUCGUGGAUGUGACUCCCGCUGUCUGUUCAGUGGAGCUCGUGGAGAAGUGUGUACAGUAGAACCAUUAGUUAUCGGCGACGAGGACCAUCCGCUGAAAACCUAUACAAUUGUCGCAUUAGCAACGCUCAGCAAGUUCUUUGUCGUAUUGAUACGGCCACGUUUAAAAGUGAUCAAAUUUCACCCAAUGACAGGCCAUCCCGAUUGUUUGCCACUACUGGCCUGGCAGAUGGUCCUCAUUCAAGCUGCCGAUUCGACGAGAAGUAUCGACCCGGUGCUGGCCGCGGCACGUGGCAAUGACCUUUUCUUUCAUCAAAUCAUUUACAAUAGUGGACGCAUAUCGUUGCUCUUCCUGAGACACAUUCAACUGUCGUACAACCUGUUGGCGAUACACUGGUUGGGCCCCAAAUCCAUCGCCUGUCUAGACACGAAGGAAGUUCUGCAUCUAUCCGAUGUGCGCACGAACAGAGAACUGGAAGUGAUUGAUCUUUCGAACAUUGGGCUCAUGUACAACUCCGCUCAGUUUAAGGGACUGGCAACUGGUGGCAAUGUGUCUCCAGCACUGGCCCUGGCAGGCGCAGCUGCUUGCUACAAUACGGUGGUGUCACAGGGCAACCAGUUAUAUUUACUGGGUGGUAAAAGUUUGCACGGUAUAAGUGCUCGGGCCUGGAGCGAUCGCAUAUCAUAUCUCACCUCAAUGCAACGAUGGGAUGAAGCAAUCGAGUUAGCAAUUGAAGGCUACAGGGCGGCAACUGGUCGCCAUAGAAGGCUAGUAUCUUCCAAAGAACGAAUUUUAAGGAUGUAUGAGGAAUAUGUGAAUGUCACGAAGAAAACACCAGAGCUGUGUCUUGAAGCAAUAGUGGCAUGUUUGAUUGAGAUUCAAGAAAAGCAUCUUCUUUGGGAGGAACUGUACGAUCGUCUUCCAUGUACGGAUCGUUAUCUUCAAAUCAUAGCGAAACACAUAGAAUGCGACCAUCUGGAUACAAUCGCGCCGAGUGUAGCUCAAGUGAUGUGUGACUACUUUUGGAAGAAAGCGGAAACGGCCCGAUUGGAAACCUUGAUUCUAAAGCUAAACUGGCAGUGUCUUGAUCUACACCAAGUGCUGACGAUAUGUCGCAAAGAACGGCUGUACCGCGCACAGAUGUAUCUAAAUACGAAAGCCUUGGGUGAUUACACCAUUUCGUUGACCGAUCUCAUACCAGAGAUUGAAUUAGCAACCGAUGAUCUUCAAUUGGGUAACUGUGUGCUGGUGUACAUAUCCAGCUGUCUAGCAGGACGCGGCUAUCCAACGGGUGAGAUUGCCCCGGAAACGAUUCCCACAGUCAAGCAUGAAGUGCUACGCUGUCUGACAGUCAUUCAUUCGAAGAAUGCGCCAGAAAAUGAGCUGCCGUAUCCUUACUUACGUAAACUACUCCAGUUCGACACCCGCGAAACCCUGAACGUAAUUUCUCUCGCAUUCCAGGAGAAAGAAUUUAAUGGUGAGCUCGGUCUGUCGCAGCGCCAGCGCAUGAUAAAUAUACUGCUCGAUAUUUUAACGCCCGAGCAAGCUACGUGGUCCCAGAUUGGAUCAUUGCUGAACUUUAUCGCUCAACAGAUCGCUUCUCGAGAGUUACCAGAAAAUGAGCUUUUACUAGAGAAGGUUAUAGCUUACCUUACGGCGCCGACUGAUAUACCACUAUCCAGAAGGGAACAUUUUGAACGUGAACAAACAUGGUUAGAUCUGCUAUGCUCAAAUUGUCUUGAUCACAUUCCGACGGAACAUUUGCUAGACAUUGCAAGACAAAACCAGUGCUAUCAGGUAGCGGAGUAUAUGCUUGAGCGACUAGAAAAAUAUGAAGACAUAUUCGAUUGUUAUCUUCUGGAUGAGUUUCGACGUAUGCAACUAUUUUCGUACAUCUCACAACAUGCAGUUGAUUCGCGACGUCAGAUCUACCCGUUGUUGGUGAAGAAUUUCUACCUAAUAGUUGAUCUAAAUUGUGAACAGGCGGCUCGCGUGGUUGUGGAUAGCUUCAUGCGCUAUUUGAGCCAUUUUCUGUUGGUGCUCGAGCAGGCGAAUGCUCCCGAGCGAUUAUUUCGGUUUCUUGAAUCACUCCUUCGACAAUCGGUACAGCUGGAAACGACAGAUCUGGAGCGAUAUCUGGAGCUUCUCUGUCAGUACCGACCGGAGGAAGUGAUAGAUUUUUUGAAAUCGAACGACUCGUACCGGUUAGAUAAUGCCGUCCAAACGAUCAAGCGCUUUGAGCUGAACGCACCGUUGAUCUACCUCUACGAGAAGCAGGGCGACUUCCAAUCGGCGUACGCUGUGGCCGUUGGAACACUAAAAGAUACUAUGGAAACCUCGGCAGAGAUGAGCGCUCUCCAAGUGAGUGCACUAUGCACACGUGCCUCCGCUGUCCUGACGGAAAGCGACCGGGAACAGCUAUGGUUCUCGUUGCUGCACAUCAUACUGGCGCGUAACGAUCUUACCUCGGUAACGAAAAACAUUCUUCAUUCGGCGAGUGAAUUCGUUGAUCUGUCUAAGCUAGUUCAGUUGGUGUUAACUUCUAGCACUAACUCUGGUAACUUUGGUGACAUAAAACACCUGCUGAUCGGUAUGCUUUCCAAUUCGGCAUAUGAAACAUUACUUCUGCAGACAACUUCACGCAUUCUAGGUAAAGAUUUGCACGCCAUCUUGGCCCGAGAACGGCGGAUAGCGAUGCGGGGAUUGGCUGUAAAAUCUAUCAAAUGUAUUGUUUGUCGUUCGCGCCUUUACAACACCGAAAGACAGCCAAUUGUCGUGAUGGGAGACUGUGGUCACGCCAUGCAUCAACAGUGUGCUGCUAAUUUUUGUACCAUACCACUCGACUCACCUACAGAUCGUGUAGAAGCAAUGAGUAGUGGCAGUGCUGGGAUCGAAACCGCAGGUACAACAUCUUCAAUGAAACGACUAAAAUGUCCACGAUGUGAUGCGGUAGUGAAAGAGGAAAGCUCUUUUCAAACGCCGGAGUGCUAUGUAGAGAAUAUUCCUUUUGCUGAUUCGUGUUCUGAGAAAAGUCCAAGUACGUUGAAGUUAAGCGCUCCUCCUAGAGUAGGUUAA